AUGGAAAGUUUUAUAGACUUGAGCUAGCUUGAGCCGAUUCCAUACAAAAAUACUAUUGCUGUAUUGAAUGAAUACAUGCUUUAAAACAUUGACUUUUUAAAUAAAUUCGGUCAUUUCAAUGAAAACAAAUUAUUUGAAAUGGAAGUAGUUCUGGAUGAGAUCGAGUCGAAAGUGCUGUUAUUGGAAAAGAAACUAGAAUCAAUACCCCCAGAAUUCUAUAAUGGUUUAGUGGUGCCUCCUCUUCAAUAAUAAUUAUAAGUGGCAUAGCCUCAGGCUGUAGAACCAUAAAAUAAUCAAAAUAAUGCGAUUCCUCCUCCUCCACCACCACCACCUCCUCCUCCUUAGAACUAUUAGUAGAUUGUACCUAAUUAGGAAGCUUCUUAUGAAGCAGCUGCUGCUCCUCCUUAAUUUGAAUAGCAAAUUUAAUAACCUGAGUAGGUCUAAGAGGAAUAAGUUUAAUAAGAGGAAGUGGAAGAUGAGAGAUUGGAGAAAUACAAAAAACUAUUAAGUUAUGGAGUGAAUCAUUAAUAAUUGAAAAUGAAAAUGUAGAUGGAAGGAUUAGACCCAAAUUUAUUAGACAAGUAUUUGACUUGAUAUUGAAUAAAAUUUAAUAUAUAUAUAUAAUAAAUA